UGUUCAAGAGCGCAGAUGAGCCAGUCGCUGGUAAAGCCCGGGGUCACGUGACUUCCUGCGGCGAGAACUGCUGCUGCAGUUUCUUGUCGCGAGCGCUCGGUGCACGGUGUGGAAAUUCCGACCCACAGCGGCAUGAAGCUGCACGCUGACAGCGAAUGCGAAUCGCUGCGCCAACCGUGAACGGUAACCCGGCUCGAUAGAGCAGCGGAUUAACAGCCGUUUGCACGGGAAGGAUUUAGACCCAGCGCGUUCCUGAGGGAGAAGUUUGCUCACUGUGUCGGUGUCGACUUGAGGUGCACGGGACACCAGCAGCGAGCAUGGCGGAGAGAAGUGGCCGGUUAAGCUUCCCCGGGAGCGGGGCGCUAAACAGACCGGUGCCUAUGAACCUAUUCGCCACCUGGGAGAUAGACGGCUCCUCUCCUAACUGCAUCCCCAGGUUGUGUAGUCUGACUUUGAAGAAGCUGGUGGUGAUGAAGGAACUCGACAAGGAGCUGAUUUCGGUCGUCAUUGCAGUCAAGAUUCAGGGCUCCAAGAGAAUCCUGCGCUCCCAUGAGAUAGUGCUGCCCCCUGCUGGGGGGGUGGAGACUGAUCUCGCUCUCACAUUCUCACUACAGUACCCUCAUUUUCUGAAACGCGAGGGAAAUAAGUUGCAAAUCCUGCUUCAGCGGAGGAAGAGGUACAAAAACCGAACAAUUUUGGGUUACAAGACUUUGGCUGCUGGUUCUAUAGACAUGGCAGAGGUGAUGCAGCAUCCUGCAGAAGGUGGGCAGGUCUUGGCUCUUUGCAGUAAUCAGAAGGAGUUUCUGGGUAAAGUUGCGGAGAUUUGGAUCUAUUCCUUGUCCAGUCAGCCUAUAGACCACGAGGAGGCAGCCAUUCUGGGACAGAAAAUCAAAUGUUCUGAUAAUUACUCUGAAGAAGAGUAUGAAAGCUUCUCAUCGGAGCAGGAAGCCAGUGAUGACGCAGCACAAGGACAGGAUCUCGAGGAUGACGAGUACGAGAUAAGGAAAUCAAAAAAGCAAAGGAGGUCAAUAGUCCGGACGGCGUCGAUCACCAGGCAGCAGAACUUUAAGCAGCGCGUGGUGGCGUUGCUCAAACGCUUCAGAGUUUCUGAUGAGGUAUUGGACUCGGAGCAGGACCCAGCCGAGCCUCCUCCAGAAGUAGAGGAAGAUCUGGAUCUGGAGAGUUUAGAGUUCGAGAAUCCCAGUGACAGUGGCCCGGAUCUGGAUGAUGACGAAAGUGUUCUCAGCACCCCAAAACCCAAACUCAAGCCAUAUUUCGAAGGAGUUUCUCUGUCCAGCUCUCAGACAGAAAUUGGCAGCAUUCACAGUGUCAGGAGUCAGAGAGAGCCGCCCAGUCCAAUGGAUCCUGAUAAAAUAAGGGCUGUAGGUGGAAAGUUUCAGAUGGAUAAUGAAUCUGAUAAUGUUUCAAUGGGUCAUCCUGAGGUUGUGACCCCUACCACAGAACUUGAGAUGAUGGACAACCUGGACUCUUUCAUGGAGAGGUUGCCUCCUAUAGGGCGGAUGACCAAAACCGAGUCACUUAUCAUUCCUUCAAACCGGGUGGAGCCAAAGUUGGCAGGGCGACGGGGGCGGAGCACAUCACUUAAAGAAAGGCAGCCCAGUCGACCGCCCAACCAGAGGGCCAACAGUCUGGACAAUGAGUGCUCGCUUGACACCCGCUGCCACCUACAGAUUCCACGCAAAACGGUUUAUGAUCAGCUGAACCACAUCCUGGUAUCAGACAGCCAUCUUCCCGACAGCAUCAUCCUUAUUAACACCUCAGACUGGCAGGGCCAGUAUGUAUCUGAGGUUUUACAGAAUCACGGUCUUCCUGUUGUUUGUACCUGCACCAUGGCUGACAUACAGGCUGCACUCAGCACCAUCAUCUCUCGCAUUCAGAGAUUUUGUAACAGUAACUCAGUCACACCGUCCCCAGUGCGGAUCGGAGUAGCAGGAGCUCAGCAUUACCUGUCUGUUGUUUUGCGUUUAUUUGUGGAUCACCUGACACACAAAACCCCCGACUGGCUCGGAUACCUGCGAUUCCUUAUCAUCCCGCUUGGGUUUCAUCCAGUGGCUAAAUAUCUGGCCAGUAUAGACUACAGAUAUAACAGCCUGUUCCAGGACACAGCGUGGAGAGAUCUUUUUCACAAACCAGAAGCACCGACCUCAGCAGUUCAGGACAGUCCAGAUGUGGUUUCCAGGGUAACACAGUAUAUGUUGGGAGCGAAUGGAGCUCUUCAGCUGCCCAUAGCAGAGGCCAUGCUUACCUAUAAGCAGAAAAGGAAAAAGAGCUUUCAUUUUGAUUUUGCAGUAAGUCCUGAUGAAGACUCAUGUCAAAAAUUCAUUCCUUUUAUUGGGGUGGUGAAAGUGGGGAUUGUUGAACAAGCUUCUGCCACAUCUGGCGAUUCAGAUGACGCUGCUCCGGUGGGAUCUUCUCUUCUCUCAUCUACUCCUCCUGCACAGAUCUCCCCAUUACUGAAAGAAGCAUCUCCAACGCCUCCUUCCUCUCCCUCUGUACACAUGUCCAGUACUCCUGGAGGAGGUCAGGGGGAGCUUAUGGGUCUUCAGGUUGAUUACUGGAUUGCUCCAUCAGAGAGGAAGAAAGAAGUGGAGAAGAGAGACUCCAAAAACACGCUUAAGGGCACCUUCCGUUCACUGCAGGUUAGCCGCCUCCCACUGGGCGGAGCAGAGACGACACAUCAGCCAACCAUGUCCAUGACUGUUGUCACCAAAGAGAAGAAUAAGAAGGUGAUGUUUCUGCCUAAAAAGACCAAGGAUAAGGAGGCAGAGUCUAAGAGUCAGGUGAUCGAGGGAAUAAGUCGACUCAUUUGCACAGCCAAACACCAGCAGACCAUGCUGAAAGGUGAUCAGCCAAUCCGAAUUCAUCAAAUGUUGAUAGAUGGAGUGGAAUGGAACGAUGUGAAGUUUUUCCAGCUUGCAGCUCAGUGGUCAUCUCAUGUCAAACACUUCCCGCUUGCCAUCUUUGGAUCCUCCAAAGGGCCUCACUGAACCACAGCCUCACAUCUCCACUCCUCUUCGCAACGGCUGCCUUUACACUCAGAGCUGCCUGAUGGUUUUAUUUAAAAUCUCUGCUUUCUCACGGUUUGUCUGUUAUUUUUUGUUGACAUUUGAUUGUUCUUUUAUGAAGACUUGAUGCAGUCUUGGCUACAGGGCAUAUUUUUUUUGGACUGCGUAUGUUAAAACCCUCCAGUGUUUAUAGUGAAAUGACUAGUGAACUGAAUCUUUUAAACUGAUCUAACUCCGUAACUAGUGAGUUUUCAGGUAGUUCUGUGCCAUUCUGCAAAGCGGUGUCCACACAUUUUAGCAGCCAGCACACUUGUGGGAGAACAAACCAGCAAAAUGGGAGAAAGGAACUGCUUUUGUUUUAUUAAAAGGAAAAAAUCUGGUUUGGAUUUUCCAGAUGGUUUGGCUUUAUCCUGAAGAUGCCGGAAGCGUUUUCUCCAUCUCUCUCGCUCUAUAACCUCAGCGAGGUCAGAGAGUUUCUCGAAGGUUAAUUGUGUGUUUGUGUUGCAGUUUCCACCUUGUCGUAUGUGGUUACUUUAUUUACUUUGUAGGUUUGUUUGUAGUAUAUGUGUGUGUGAAUGUAUUCACUGAAGGUACUAAACGCUAAAGCACUUUUAAAACAUUACUAGAUUGGGUUUUUGUUAUAAUGCUUUCUGUGGUGCACAGCGCUGUUCACUACAGCUAAAAACUGCUGCAAAGCUUUGUGGGAAAUUUGGAGACAAUGAGUGUCUGUGUCUACGUUAGACGGACCGUGUCAAACCUGUGUGCUGCACUCUUUAAACACUUCUUUUGUUGUUGUUGAUGUAAUCGUUUCUUAAAAUGAAAUUUGCAUUCUG